GAAGGGUGGCAGCGCCGCAGCCCGGGCCGGAGUGCAGGAGCCGACGGGAUGGUGCAGCAGCGGCUCCGCGGUUUACGCACGCACUGAGCGGGCCCGAGCUGGGCCCCGGGCCCCCCGCGCCCCCCGCCGCCCCGAUCCCGGCCGGCAUGAUGUGCCUGGAAUGCGCCUCGGUGGCGGCGGGCGGCGCGGAGGAGGAGGAGGCAGACGCGGAGCGGCGGCGCCGGCGCCGGGGGGCGCAAAGAGGGGCUGUUGGUGGCGGCUGCUGCGGGGCGCGGGGCGCCGGCGGCGCUGGAGUCGCGGCCCCGGACGAUGAGGUGCAGACGCUGUCCGGCAGCGUGAGGCGGGCCGCACCUGGCCCCUCCGGCACCCCCGGCUGCGCUGCUGCUGCUAAGGGCCCCGGCGCGCAGCAGCCCAAACCGGCCAGCUUGGGCCGCGGGCGGGGGGCAGCCGCCGCCAUCCUCAGCUUGGGCAAUGUGCUCAACUACCUGGACAGGUACACCGUGGCAGGUGUCCUUCUGGACAUCCAGCAGCACUUUGGGGUCAAGGACCGAGGUGCUGGCCUACUGCAGUCAGUGUUCAUCUGCAGCUUUAUGGUGGCUGCCCCCAUCUUCGGCUACCUGGGUGACCGCUUCAACAGGAAGGUGAUCCUCAGCUGUGGCAUUUUCUUCUGGUCGGCGAUCACCUUCUCCAGCUCCUUCAUCCCUCAGCAGUACUUCUGGCUGCUGGUCCUGUCCCGGGGACUGGUGGGCAUUGGCGAGGCCAGUUACUCCACCAUAGCACCCACCAUCAUUGGCGACCUCUUCACCAAGAACACGCGCACGCUCAUGCUAUCUGUCUUCUACUUUGCCAUCCCACUGGGCAGCGGUCUGGGCUACAUCACUGGCUCCAGCGUGAAGCAGGCGGCUGGAGACUGGCACUGGGCCUUGCGGGUGUCCCCUGUCCUGGGCAUGAUCACAGGCACACUCAUCCUCAUCCUGGUCCCGGCCACGAAGAGAGGCCACGUUGACCAGCUUGGGGGGCAGCUUAAGGCACGGACCUCGUGGCUCCGGGACAUGAAGGCCCUGAUCCGCAACCGCAGCUACGUCUUCUCCUCCCUGGCCACGUCGGCCGUGUCCUUCGCCACAGGGGCCCUGGGCAUGUGGAUCCCCCUCUACCUGCACCGUGCCCAAGUCGUGCAGAAGACGGCGGAGAUGUGCAGCAGCCCACCCUGUGGGGCCAAGGACAGCCUCAUCUUUGGGGCCAUCACCUGCUUUACGGGCUUUCUGGGUGUGGUCACGGGCGCAGGAGCCACGCGCUGGUGCCGCCUGCGGACGCAGCGGGCCGACCCGCUGGUGUGUGCCGUGGGCAUGCUGGGCUCCGCCAUCUUCAUCUGCCUGAUCUUCGUGGCCGCCAAGAGCAGCAUUGUGGGGGCCUAUAUCUGUAUCUUUGUGGGGGAGACGCUGCUGUUUUCUAACUGGGCCAUCACUGCAGACAUCCUUAUGUGUGUGGUCAUCCCCACCCGCCGGGCCACCGCCGUGGCCCUGCAGAGCUUCACCUCCCACCUGCUGGGGGACGCCGGAAGCCCCUACCUCAUCGGCUUUAUCUCGGACCUGAUCCGCCAGAGCACCAAGGACUCCCCACUCUGGGAGUUCCUGAGCCUGGGCUACGCCCUCAUGCUCUGCCCCUUCGUCGUGGUCCUGGGGGGCAUGCUAUUCCUCGCCACUGCACUCUUCUUCCUCAGUGACCGUGCCAAGGCCGAGCAGCAGGCUCUCCCAUCUCCCCCUGGGGCUGACGAGGUCCCUGCCCAGAACCUCCGGUCAGCCGGCCCCCGUGAUGCGAUGUGCCAGAGCUGUGCCCGGGCCCGGCCCCCGCUGAGCCGCCACCCUGACCCCCGCCCGUCUCUCCCUCAGGGCGAACCAGCUGGCGAUGCCGCCGGCAUCCGCGAAAGUCUGAGGCGGUGUUGCUGGGACAAUGAAGAACUCAUGUUGCUACCUGGUCUGGGAGGGGUCCUAUGGCAUCCUGGACCUGCUGGGCUGUCCCAAAGCUUUCUGUGUGACCCACAGCUGGGCGCCCACCCUCUCUGGUCUGGGACUGCUGAGUGGCCCUGGCUCCGAGAAGAGGCGGUGUCCUCAAUUAACUUGGAGGGUUGCAUCUGCUGGAGCCAUGUGGUUGGACAGAUUCCCAGCCCUGGAUUUGGGCUGCAGGGCCCCUGGGGACAAGGGAGAAGACAACCCCAAGUGGGUGUAUGGAGAGAGCCUGGCCUGUCACCAGUUUGUGUGAUCUUGGGCAAGUCCCUGCCCUCCCUGGACCAUGGGGCUAGGGGGCUGGACUUUCCCACGCAGCCUGCUGGGCAAGGCGCUCUCUGCAGCUUUGAAGACCCAACAGCCCUUGGGCCGGACAAAGAAGCGGUGGCCCAGGCCUCAGGGAGGCAGUUCAGGCUCUGAGGCUCCCUGACAGGCCUGAAGUGCGGGGACAGUGCCGCUCAGCUGGGCUCCACUCUGGGAUGUCGGACUCAGCCUGGCAAGCAGAGAUGGGCACCCAAGUCGCUGAGCGCUUCCCUGACCAACUGGCUCACCCCGGAGGACAAGGGCUGCACAGCAGUGGGGCGGGGAACAGCUCCAAGGCAGGGAGCUGACACCACCUGGGGGGAGGACCCGCGGCAGCUGCACACCACCCCCGCCCCCAGGCUCAAAGUAACAGCCAGGCUGAUCUUUGGGGGCUCCCUGCAGCCCCUGGAGCCCCUUUCACCGUCUUUCCCAAACCCCCUCCCCCAGCCCCACCAGAAGUCAAGAACCUCCCCGCCCCCCAGGCUGGGCUGGGCCUUUUCCAGGGGCUGGGCCCAAGAGACCAUUCCCAGAAUUCAUGGGGCAGUAGCCAAGGCUCUGGCUGCCAGAGGAAGCAGCCAUCCAGAGCUUCCUGCCCCAGGGGAAUGAGUUCGGUAGAGGAAGAGCGCCCCCCCCCCACCUCCUGGCCCUCAGAUAGGCCAAUACCCCAGAACCAUCUCUAGACACACCUCUGGACUUCCAUUGUUGCUGAUUCUGUGCACAUUUAGGCACUCCACCACUCUUCCAAGCACACCCUGGGGGGCCAAGCCUUCACUCCAGCCUGCUCAACCCCACUUAUCUGUGCGUGCAAACACACCACUCUCCUUGCAACCACACACUGGCGUGCAGCUGCCAACCCCACACGGGCCCUCCAGCUCCCCAGAGGAACUCAUCACUCCUGCACAUCUGCUGGAACCCAACGUGGCUCUGGUCUGGGAGGCCCUUGUUGCCAGCAGGACACAAGAGCCGGCUGAGACAGCGCUCUCUGUGCCCUAGUUACCUGCUGGCCCUGGCUUCUGUGGUGUGCAAGCUAGUGGCAUACCCACUCCCCACCAUGCUCUGGGGCAUCCAAAGGGCCUAAUACUAGGGGUGGGGGUGGUGUCCCCCAAAGACCAGCCUGGCCUCCACCCUCACCCCAGCCUCAGCUGGGGCCCCAGCAAUGUUUUCUUGUUGUACAAGAACCAGGUCCAAGUGUUGCCUCCUCUUCCUUCCGGAAGCCAAACUGCUCCUUUAUUUUUUAGAGCUGCUGAUUGUGAAUCUCAGAGUCUAAGAGAAGCCAAAUAUAUUCCUCUUGUAAAUGAACAAAUAAACCUAUUUAAAUCA